UAUUUCAAAUAUGGAAGAACUUCCAAUUAUGACUGUUUUCAAAUAGGAUAUUACAAGAUAUUUAUAAUAAAAUGCUCAAUUCAACUUUCAAAUAGGAUAUUACAAGAUAUUUAUAAUAAAAUGCUCAAUUCAAAUCAACAUAUUUCAAAUAUGGAAGAACUUCCAAUUAUGACUGUUUCUGCAAAUCUGAGAAAUUUAAGAGAAACAGGGGGCUUGAUUUCAUUCAAGCGUUCUAGUCAUAAAAAAAUGAUAUUAUGUCAUCUAAGGAAAAAUUAUAGGAAGGAUAAAAAAAGAGGGGACAAUAUAUAUUUUAGAUGUUGUGUAUGUAAUGGCAGAGGAGUUUUUUGUAAAGGUAUUUUUAAAAUUACCAAAGUGCAUGCUUCUAACUGUGGUGAUGACAUAAUAAACAAUCAGAUUCCUCAAAGUAAUCAAGUUGUAAUUGUAAGCAUAAAUGAAGAUGCUCAAUCCACUGGUGUGUCCACUUCAUCUAAUUUUGUUUCACAAGCUGAGCCUGAUCAAACCUCUAUUCAAAGCACGAGAUUUGAUGGUGGAACUUCAUCAAAUUCUAUAUCUAAUCAAACUGAUUUUGUGAGAAGUUUAAAUGAUGGAAUUCGAUUAGCGAUCGAUGGUUUUGUUUCAAAUCAAACUAAUCUCAAUCUUAUUUCUGUCAUACUAACAACUGAUUCAUUAGAUGAAUCAAAUUUAAUUCAUCAAGAUCCUAAUAAUUUUGAAUAUAUUAAAUCAAAAAGAUACAAUUUAUUAAUAUUUCAUCAAAAGUAUCUAUAUGUUUGCAAUCGAACAUACAAAGAGACCAAAUAUUAUAUAUGCCGCCAACUAAACUGCCCCUCGCGUGCUAUAUUCACAAAUAAUCAAUUCCAUGUAAAAUCAAAAUAUGUACAUACACAUAUUGAUGAUUUAUCUGAAUAUUACGGUAUAAAAACCCGUAAUAGUCUUAAAAAUGCGAUGAUAGCAAAUCCAUUUUUAAAUAUUUCCACCAUCUACAGUAAUGUGAUGGUUGAAGUUAUGUCUUAUCCAGAUAUACAUAAAUAUCCAGAGGCGAUCCCACCCUUGCAUUCUGUUAUAAAAAUGAUGAAAAGAGUGGUACCUGGUUAUGUGCCUUUCCUCCCUCAGGACACAUAUUCAAUCAAUUUAACAAAUUACAAUAAUACUCUUCAGGGCUUACCAUUUUUAUUGGCACAUACGCCAAAUAAAGAUAUCAUAAUAUAUGGGACACUUGAUUUUUUAAAACUUAUGUGCUCAUCCAAAAAUUUAUACAUGGAUGGCACGUUUUUUACUGCUCCAACUCAUUUCACCCAAUUAUAUACAAUACAUGUAUUAAUCGGGAAAAGUAUGAUAUGUGUGAUUUUCGCUAUAUUACCUGAUAAGCGAAAAUCAACUUAUAUUAAAUUCCUAGAAAUGGUUAAAGAUAAGUGCGCUCUACAUGGAGGACUUCUGCUAGAGCCCGAAUCGAUUCAAAUCGAUUUUGAAAUUAGCAUGAAGCUAGCUCUUCUAGUUGUUUUUCCUUAUGCUGUGAUCCGAGGGUGCUUCUUCCACUAUGGUCAAUCUUUGUGGAGAAAAAUCCAAAGCUUAUCAUUGACCAGAGAUUAUAAGGAAAGAGCCGAUGUUCAGGGUAUACUUCGGAGGAUAUUUGCACUACCAUUUUGCAAUCCUUCGCAGUUAUCCACUGUGUAUACCCAGACAUUUAUUGAGUCAGAGGCUUUAAAUAUCGAAGCUCUGAGGCAAUUUAUGUUAUAUUUUUCAAAGACGUACAUAUGUACGAAUAACUUUAACUCCACGUUUUGGAGUCGCUACAACGUAGAAGGCCCAAGAACUAAUAAUAACGUGGAGGGUUUUCAUAAUGGGCUGAAAAAAUUAAUUAAAACAGCCCACCCGGAUAUUUAUACGUUUAUUAGUAAGUUGCAAAUAAUUCAAGCUAAUAUGGAAUUAAAACUCCAACAAUAGGGUCAUUCCAUGUCAAAUCAAUCACUUUUCGGCCGACCCCUUUCGAUUUCGAUAAAAAUUCGUAGGCUGGUUAUAUAUGUUCCCAUUAGAUUAUAAACAAAAUUUUAGCGCAUUAGAAACUAUAUUAGCGGAGAUAUUCGGGGUUAAAGGUCCAAAAAACGUCUUUUUUUGCUUUUUACUGAUGUUAAAUAAUUAGUUUUUAAUUUAAAACUAAAUAUGAUCAAAUAUUG